AUGGCGGCAGCAAACAGCGUCGCCUCGGCGUUCUCGCCCAACCUCCUGGACGACACCACGGUCAAGCAGUACAACCAAGACUAUGAGGCUAGCGCUCCAUACAAGCACGCCGUCGUCCCCGCGCUGAUUGACGAGGAGCUGCUCAAGGCCACCCGACAAGAGAUCAUCGGCGAGCUGCGCUUUGCCGAGAAGGAGACCGACAUCUACAAGGUCAACCAGACCGGCGACCUCGCCAACCUCGAUGGUCUGCCAGAAGAAGAAGCAGGUCGCCUGCAGUCACUGCUGCGCGUCCGCAACGCCAUCUACUCGGCUGAGUUCAGGUCGUGGCUCCAGGGCGUCACCGGCUGCGGUCCGCUCAGUGCCAAGAAGAAAGACAUGAGCAUCAACGACUACCGCCAGGGCUGCCACCUUCUCAACCACGACGACGUCAUCUCCACUCGCCGUGUUUCCUACAUCCUCUAUCUCCCAGACCCCGACCAGCCAUGGCAGCCAGAGUGGGGAGGCGCCCUCGAGCUCUACCCGGUCAAGACCAAGGGUACCCCCGACGACGUCCCCAGCAAGAUCAUCCCGCCCCGCUGGAACCAGUUCACUUUCUUCACCGUCCAGCCCGGCCACUCGUUCCACUCGGUCGAGGAGGUGGUACACCCGUCGCAGUCCCGACUCAGCAUCUCCGGGUGGUUCCACCGUCCGCAGGAGGGCGAAGAGGGCUUCACCACCGAAGACGAGAAGAAGGAGGCCGAGGUGGAAAAGGAGAUGAGCAGCCUCGAGAGCCUGUCUGCCAAGGAGAGCGCAAAGCGCUUCGAGGAGUACCCAGAGUCCUUUGCGCCACCACUGCCAGGGUCGCCGCUGUCGCAGGCCGAGAAGAAGUUCCUGAUCCAGUUCCUCAAUCCUGCGUAUCUCGUUGACAAGACGCAGGAACAGCUGUUCGAGCAGUUCGGCGACGAUUCGCACGUCUUGUUGUCGGACAUCCUUCGCAAAGAGAUCGCACAGCCGAUCGAGAAGGCGCUGCGCUCGGCGGACGCACGCGAUGGAUUCCAGUGGUGGACUUCGGGCAAGGGCGAGGAGUCGACACGCAUCCAGCCGCACGGUGUCGGCACCGACCGCGCUGCUGAGGCUGAUGCAGAGGCCAAGCGAUGGUCCAUCGCCGGUCCUCCCCACAAGCAGCGCUAUGCCGUCCUCGCAGACCAGGCAACUCCUGCGAAGGCAUCUGAGAUCGCAUCACAGCAGGCGCAGGUGCCCAACCCGCUGCCCACGGAUGCGAGCGAGCUGCUGCGCCUGCUCAGCACCGUGCUCUUCCCCUCGGACGCCUUCCGCCACUUCCUCGCCAACAUCUCGCAGCUCGUCCCGCUCGGUGCUCGACCCGUCGAGGCACGUCGAUUCCGCCCGGGUCUCGACUACACUCUCGCACGCAGCGACCCCGAAGCGGUGCUCGACGUGACGCUCAACCUUACACCGGACGUCGUCAAGCCGUCGCUCGACGAAGAGCGCAAGGCUGGCCCUCGCGGUCUGGCGGGCAAAGCCAAGAAGCCCAAGACCGCGCCUGCGUCAGCGGCAGCGAACGGUCUGCUGUCCAAGAAGGAGGCCAAGGAUCUCCAGGCGAGGUGGGAGAGCGGCGACAUUGGCGGCUGGGAGUGCUACAUGGCACCGCACGAGGGCGAGGAGGACCCCGCAGUGUACCAGAGCGGCAACAGUGGCAAGAAGAAGGAAGCUGACAAUGAUGAGGAGAUGAAGGACGCGGGCGAGGACGAGGAGGAGGAGAUCGUCGAGAUGAUCGAGGACGACGGCGAGGACGACGAAGACUUUGACGGCGUGCUGCUCAACCUCACACCGAGCUUCAACACGCUCAGCGUGGUGCUGCGGGACGAAGGCGUGAUGCGCUUCGUCAAGUACCUCGCUGCGUCUGCGGGCGGAUCGCGCUGGGACGUCAUUGGCGAGUUCGAAAUCGGCGCCAUCGAGGAGGAGGACGAGGAAGAGGAAGAGGUUGCGGAGGCCAAGCACAUCCUCAACGCACAGGUGUCGAUCCGGGCACCUUGCUGCCAGAAGUUCUUCGACUGCCCGGAAUGCCACGCCGAAUCGCAAGACCACGGGCUGCGCAAGACGGUCGAGAUGGCGUUUAUCUGCAAAAAGUGCCGCAAAGCCUUCCGCAAGGAUCUCACGCAGUACGAAGAGUCGGACGAGUUCUGCCCACACUGCGACAACCAUUACGUGAUUGAGGCCAAGACGCCGCAAGCGGUGCUGCAGGUUGAGGGUGAAGAUGCACGAGUGGACAACCGAAUGUUGCGCGACGACCGCAUCAAGUACGACCCGCGCAAGGACUUCUACUACCGCCGCGUCGCAGCGCAAGAGACGGAGCGCAUCGACGAAGGCGGCUGGCUUCAGGCGAUCAAAGACCGUGCUGCGGGAAAGCUCGGUCCUGACGGUCUUCCAAUCGAUGCGGCAGGGCCCGUGGGUGCAGAUGGCAAACCGCUGCUGGAUACGUCGGCACUUGCGGGUCCAGGAGCCAAGCCACAGUGGAACAAGUUCAACGACGAUGAUCUCGACUGGUCCUAG